AUUAUUCUAUAUACAGGAAAAGAAGCUAGGGUUCCUCCGCAAUUCUCACUCGUUCAACUCAACUCGCUCGCAUUCUGGUAGAAAUUAAUAGCUAGCUAACUACCAGGUCCGUUAUAAUUAAUUAUCAGGUUUGAUAGGUAGAAUAGAACCAAUGGAUUAUGAUGUUGUAGCUGAACAAAAUGUUGCCGCUUAUGGCGACCUCGAAGAGCACCAACAGUAUGAGGACCAAUACGAACAUGAAGAGGAACAACCUUACGAGCGAAACUACGGGUCGAAUGAUAACGUAGUUGAUAGUACAUCCCGUCAUGACUUAAAGCAUGAUUCGUCGUUUUCAGCAGGAAAACUUUUUGUUGGAGGCAUUGCGUGGGAGACUUCGGAAGAAUCAUUCAGCAGGUACUUCAGCAAGUAUGGAGAAAUUACAGAUUCAGUGAUAAUGUUGGAUAGAAUCUCUGGAAGACCACGUGGCUUUGGAUUCAUCACAUUUGCUGAUCCAGAAGUUGCUGAUAAGGUUUUGCAGGAAGAACAUGUCAUUGAUGGAAGAGUGGUGGAAGUGAAGAGAACAGUCCCUAGAGAAGACAUGCAGGUUAGAGGAGUGUCGAAAACAAAGAAAAUAUUUGUCGGUGGUCUUCCACUGACAUUACAUGAAGAUGAGUUAAAGGAGUAUUUUUCUUCUUAUGGUAACAUUGUGGAGCACCAAAUUAUGAUGGAUCACAACACUGGUCGGUCCCGAGGUUUUGGUUUUGUAACCUUUGACAAUGAAGAUUCUGUUGAUAAGAUCUUUUCUGAUGGUCGAAUGCAUGAACUUAAUGGCAAAGAAGUUGAGAUAAAGAGGGCCGAGCCAAAAAGAUUUGGUUUCGAUCAUUCAACUGAAGGUCGUUUCCGCGGGAGGGGUAGUAGUUCAAGAUCUGUUGGUAACUAUGGUAGUAGUUCAGAAGGUUUUAGAGGUGGAUACGGUGGUAAGCCGGGUAGAGGCUAUGGUGGUAAUUAUGGUGGAUAUGGCAGCUACGGUGGUUAUGGAAACUUUACUGGAAAUUAUGGUGCAGGUGCUACAGGAUUUUAUUCAGGCUAUGGUGGAUAUGGCUAUGGUUAUGGAUUUGGUGGACCAAUGUAUAGUGGUGGUGCGUAUGGGGGCGGUGCCUAUGGGGCUCCAGUUGGUUAUAGUGGAGCUGCUGGUUAUGGUAUGGGUAAAGGAUACAAUGUUGGCGGAUAUGAUGGCGGUAGAGGCUUUGGAAAUGCUGGCAGUAGUGGAGGAUAUGGCAAUGGGAAAAGCUAUGGCAGCGGCACUGGUGGUGGUACUGGUGGAUAUGGAGGAAGUAAAGGAUAUGGGAAUGGUGGUGGUCCAAGUGGUAGGUUCCAUCCCUAUCGGAAGUAAGACACUUGCAUGUGCUGCACGUGCCAAUUAACCAGGCACGUAUAUGGUAUGAAUUAGACUAAUAGCAUAUGUGAUUUUUCAUUUUUGCUAAAAACUUAGAAUAUGUUGUUUGUUGAACAGAUUGCUUUUGAUGUUCAUCUGCAAACCUUUUCUGGUGUUGUGUUAGCAUAGCCACCAACUGGUGCUUUUACUUGUGAUCUUGAUAGAAUUGAAUUAUUACUUUAUCUUAGCAAAAUUUGUUACAGGUUUAGUGCGACUCUGAUGUAUAGAUAUAUCAUCCAUAUU